GUGUUGUGUGGAUGGGAGUACGCUUGCGCGGAGGGCAGGUGAUGUCUCGUUGAUUGAGGCGGAGGAGGGGAAAUUCCAGGAGUUUCCUCUCGUCCGGCCGUGUCGCUUCCAGGUGAAGAGGAUAGGAGCCGCUUGUGUGUUUCUACGCUGUGGAGACCACCGCUCUCGUCCUGCGAUGGAUACGCCGCUGCAGGUGAGGUCCUGCCCCUCAGUCUAAUCAAGUAACGAGCGGGCAAAGAAGAGUCAUCUGCUAUACCUACCAUUCUGAUUCAAGAGCUCCUGAAAUGUGAUAAAAUGCAACAUAUGCACAACAAUAUAUAAUGGUAAAUAGUUUUUGCAGUCUGGAACCAAUCAACUGCUUCGGAAAGUUAAAUACAAAAUUUGUAUGUAAAAAUGGUUCUACGUGAGUCUCCUUUCCCCAAUGCCUGUGUCCAUGACUUACACACUGCAGCCUGGGCCUUGAUUUUCCCCUGUUUCUGGUCCCUAGAUCACAUGGUAGCUUCUUUUAAACCAACAACUUAUGAGCAGCAACAGAAACAAGAGCAAGAGUGCUAUAUUUGGCCAAUGAAAGUUUUCUUCAGAUUCCUUAUGUACCUGAUUCUAUUGGUAAUCUCUAUACCAUUGGCACUAGUUGGGUUCAUCAUCUGGGCACCUCUACAACAGGUGAGAAGACCCUUCAGUUUUUCCCAUGUGAAAACUCCAAAGGUAUACACCCAGGAGGAGUGGAUGGGAUAUGGAGACGGCAAAGGAUUUAGCUUUGUGGAGGCAAACCUGUGUUUUCUGCCCAACUGCUUGGCCCGCUUUAACAAUCUGUCUCAGACUCAAAGAAGAGCUGUUCAGAUUGCUGGCCAUAUCAGCGAUUCUGUCAACCGGCCAAGGAUUCAGGUUUGCGAGGACUCUCCAACUAGCUUACAGAGCAGCCCCUUAACUGCUGUUAGACAAGUAUCCUACAGUGCAAAUGGAACACAAGGGUCUGUUCUGGCUGUGAACAAUCUACACCACAUUGAUAGCUCGGAGGAGAAUAGCGAAGUAGAGAAUGUACAUGAAUAUUUGGAUGAAUGUCAAAGCAACAAGGAUCCUUUGGAUCUUACAGUGGUGGAAGAAAGCAACAUGUCAAGUGCCAUGGAUGAGAUGCAAGCCAACCAGCCCAGCAAGCAGCAAGCUGUGUCUUCCAGGUCUCUGAAGUGCCAGGGUAAACCUCAGAAAAAGCAAAACGGGAAAGACGACCUACCUGCAGAAAUAUCUCCAGUCUUUCCUGCUGAUGUAGCCUUUGUCUGCCUUCUGGAAGUGUUUGAGAAACGGGCAGCAGCCAAACUGAAGCAGCUUCUCCAACCAGCGUUUGGACACAUCCUUUAUGAUGUGGGUGUUUAUGGCUUCCAAGGCUGUUGUGAGUUUAAAUUCUUCAACAGUGGCAUAUUCCUUGCCAGCCGCUAUCCCAUCAUAGAUGCCAAGUUUCAUUGUUUUCCCAGGAUCCGAGGAGAAGAUGGACUUGCUGCUAAAGGUCUCUUGUGUGUUAAGAUCCAGGUUGGUUUGACUGAGAAAGGCCAGAAGAUUGUGGGGUAUCUCAGCUGCACUCACCUACACGCCAUAGCAGAGGAUUGUCACAUUCGUCAAAGUCAACUCAGUCACAUGAUCGUGUGGAUCAAUGACUUCCAGAGCACAUCUCGGAGUGAGGAAGAAAAGGUUGUGUUUGAUGUUCUUUGUGGGGAUUUCAAUUUUGACAACUGUUCACUGGAAGACCAAUUGGAACAGCAGCACCAGAUACUCCAAAUAUAUAAAGAUCCCUGCUGUUCUGGACCGGGUAGAGAGAAACCUGGAGUCAUAGGUACGCUGUUGCAACAAAGAACCAUGUAUGAAGAUCCAGUGAAGAGCCCAGAAAGCUUGCAGCGAGCUUUAGAGAUUGAAGAAUUGAGGAAACAAUACCUGGAAUUUCCUGUCAAUCCUGCUGUCAACAACACAGAGCCCAGAAGUGUAGGAGGUGGACGUAGGAUUGAUUAUUUGCUGUAUCGGGAAGACACUGUUGCAAAAGGAGUGAUUACUGAGCUGGAAGAAUUCACCUUUAUCACCCAGCUGGCUGGACUAACUGACCAUCUUCCUAUUGGAAUGAGGCUCUUCAUUUCCAUGGUGCCAGAGGAAGAUGAUGAUGCAAGUCAUGACCUAGAUGAUGAACUUUGACCAACCCCCUGCCGCUACUGCUACCAAAAGAAUUUGAAUAAGUGCCAAAAUCCUCAAAGAGAAUAAUGAACAACUUUUUUUUUGUUAGAAAUUUUAAAUACAACUUCAGAAUUUCUCAAUGCUGAUCUGAACAAAAAUGAUAGAGAGAAUUCUUCAGCUGCUCCAGAUGAACAAUGUUGAUAAUGGAGAUUCAGGCAUACAACAAAAUAGACACUUCGAACUAUGUUUUCAUCACGGUUGGGAAACGAGCAGGACUUGUUAGUAGCUAUGGAACCUACCUGAGGCAGAAAAUUAAUUAAAGUCACAGUUUUCAAGGGCAUAGACCCUUAGUUGAUUUCAAGACUAAUUCCCUGCUCAACUGGAAUCAGUGGGAGUUGGUCUGGCAGAGGUAAGGAAACUGCCACAGGAGACCCACAUUCUUAACACAAAGCAGAACUGACCCAAAUCUAAUGUUGGUUGGGAAAGAAAAGGGUGUUAUGUGUAGGCUGCUAUAGGUGCAGAGCACUGUCUGUCAUUUUUACUGUCUCUGGAGUGUUUUCCUUUUUUGCACUGUAUAAAUGACAUUUAAACAAGA